UUUAAUUGACACAUUUUCACUUUUCUCACAGAUGUGAAACCUUCCAUCAUUGGAAAAAAGAAGCCCAUGACUUCCAAAAAAGGGCUUGGUGUGAAGAAAGGUCUUGGUGCUCAGAAAGUGAGCAGCAAGAGUUUUUCUGAGGUGGAAAAACAGGCACAAGUGGCCGAGAAGCUCAGAGAGGAGCAGGUGGCUGAGGCAAAGAAACAGGCCGAUGAGUCAAUUGUGGCUUCGAUGCGCUUGGCUUACAAAGAGCUUGAGAUCGACAGGAAGAUGGAGGAGAAGAAGAUUCAGAACCUGGAGGGAAAAAAGAGGGAGCAGGCUGAGAGGCUGGGCAUGGGCUUUGGAAACAGGAGUGUUGUGUCUCACUCGGUGAUGUCAGAGAUGCAGAUGAUCGAGCAGGAAACUCCUGUGGGCGCAAAGUCCUCCUCUCGCUCCAAACUGGACAUGUUUGAUGAACCCGGCUUCACCUCAGGACCGCCAAAGUACAAGGACAACCCAUUCACAGUGGGAGAUAGUUUUGGGUCCCGGUGGGAUACUGAGGGAGGCUCUGCCUCCUUUACCACGUCCUGGGCUCUGGAGAAGGAGGAGCCCAAAGAGGAGGUCACUAUCUCCAGUAUUCAGCCAAUCGGAGAGAGACUUCCCAGCAGAAGGAAAGCUGAGGUGUCUGCUCCUGUUUCGGAGUCGAGUGAGGCCAGGCAGAAAUUUGCCAAUGCAAAGGCGAUCUCUUCAGACAUGUUUUUUGGUCGGGAAACCAGCGCUGAGUAUGACGCCAAGACGAGACUGGAGACCAUGUCUGCAAGCUCCUCCAUCAGUUCAGCUGACCUGUUUGGAGAUGGCAGUGACCCUAAAGGGAGAGCUUCAGGCUUUGACAACAUGCUCCCUGCCGGCCCGGACAUUGCACAGUUCAAACAGGGAGUGAAGACUGUUGCAGGCAAGAUGGCCGUCCUCGCCAAUGGCGUCAUGAACACGAUCCAGGAUCGUUACGGCUCGUACUGAUGGAGACGAGUGCCAGUCUGCGGGAAGAUGAAGUAACUUAACACCGACCAGCCUCCUGAUGGAUGACUCGUGUUUGGACGUACGAGACGUGGCUGGGAUGAGGAGAGGAUUGCAUGAGGAACAGAAACCGUCUUUUCAUCCGCCCCUCUUUUAGAGACACCUUCACGGGAGUGAGACAGUAUUUUCUCUUCUCAUUAGCAGACUCUUGUUUUUAUUUUCAUAAAGAAGAGUUUUGUUGUAAAAUACUUUUUUGGUCUUAAGAGUUUCAAAAGUUAAUUCUUCUCUAUUUUAUUUCCUUCUACAUGAAAUCAAAGUGUUUUUUGAUUUAUUCUAUGAAAUAUUUCACACUCAUGUUUUGUUUUUAUCGUGAUAUUAAAAGUAUAUAUUUUCAGCUUGUAGUGUUAAUCAGAACCAGAGUCAGUGACGUUUGAUUCACUUUAUAAUUUACUUAUGUGCUGAUGACCAGCUGUCGACUCUCUCUGUGGGAGCUGGGAGUUAUGUGCUUGUGUCUGGAUGAAACUGAUUGUGAACACUGGGGCAUCAGAUCACUGAUACUAUGUGGUUAUUUAUCAAGUCUCUUUAGAAAAGCAGUAAAUGCAGGAAGUACAGGGUGAAAAUCAGUGUAGUACCUCUGGUUUGGCUUGUGUAGGUGAUCAAGUUUUCAACCAUUCAGACAUUAGCAGAUCAUCGGUCCCAGCUCAUUAACACUGACACUGAUUUACUAUGCAUCUCUCCAUUUUAAACCUUUAAAGACAUUUUUCACUUAUUAAAUAUUCUUGUGGUUGAAUCUGAAGUCUGCCUCCAUUGCA